AAAACAAAUGACUAAUGAUCAUUCUAGUGUACUUGCUGUAUGCUUGUGAGUGUGUUAGUGUUAUUCAAACUGCCAUAGCAUUUUUUUAAUGUAGCAAAAUGUUGAACUGCUUAUAGUGGUUUGGACAGGCACAGAAUCCUCUGAACUCUUUAUAUAUAUGUUCACAUUCAGGAGGAUCCGGUCAGUGAAGCUCUAGAAGUUGUUUCUGUUCCCCUGCUGCGAAUUUAACUUCUGCCCGAAUACGUUGCUUCAUCAUGGACCCUAACAGAUUCACUGAUGACAGGUCUGAAAGUAGACUCUAUAUUGGCAAUCUUGAUUUGAGGAUAACAGAGGCUACUCUAAUCAAGAUGUUUUCUCCCUUUGGGAAGAUUAUAUCAGAGGAUUUCCUUUGGCAUACUCGUGGCCCAAAACGUGGAGAGCCAAGAGGCUUUGCUUUCAUUCAGUACAGUAGCAAAGAGGAAGCUGAGCUCGCGAAGGAGAAGAUGCAUGGGAAGUUGGCCUGUGGCCGCCCUCUAGUUGUCCGUCUUGCUAGUGAGAAGUAUCUGGUGGAUACGGUGGAGAACUCGUCCAAGGUACGAGGCCACCUCGACAAGACUUGCAUAUCUGGUAGCAGUUCCGGACAGAUGAGUAAGAGUGCUAAGAUAGCUGCAAUCAAGAGCAAGUUGAAAGCUUUGGAGGAAGAGAACUCCAAUGUUAAGAAGCAGAAACUAAGCUGACCAUGUUUCAUCGCAAAUCGAGCUGCAUUAACUACAUCUCAGGAGGCCAACGCUCCCGAAAUAGGCGGGGGCCAGUUGCUGCCAUCGGGACUCGCGAUAAGGGAUGUUUUUGGGGUUGAAGGUUGGAACUGGAUGGGGUUGAAUAGCCGUGGUGGGUUUCAAGCAAUGUGACGUAGCGAAACAUUGACAAUGUAUAUCCGGUGGUAUCGGUGAUUGUCGUAAAUCCUGUGGCAGAUACUGGAUUGAUAUUUACUGGAUUGAUUAAUUCAAGAAAUUUCGCUA